AGAAAAGGGUGGAAUAUACACGAAGCGGAAAAAGGGCCGGUCGCUCGGACCCCGCGAGUGAUUGCGCGCCUCGCGCUGCUGCUGGGGCGAAAUUGCACUUUAAUGUGUGUUAUUGAAAUACUGCGUGGCAAGCCAAAACGAGGAGUCGAGAAGAUGCGCGAGCUUCUCUCUCUUUCGCAAAAUGUUUGACUUUACGGAGAGAUUGCAUUGGCGAGGAGACGUGGAAUUAGCCGGGGGUAUGUGUGCUGGAAGAAAAAUCCAGCGUCAGAUUGAAUAUUUUAUAUGGAAUAUUCGCUGCGCGUGUGCAGUGUAUGAAAAGAGAGCGAAAGCGGACAAAUAACGAUUCGGAUAUGAGCGAGUGAUUGAUCAUGCUCGAGUGGCAUAAUCCAUUCAUCUUAUCGAGCCCUCGCGCAUCCGAAGACAAUCUUUUUAACGGAUCAUCGCUGAUGCGCACUUAAUUCCUCUUUUUUUUCGCCCGCAGUAGUGCUCGAAAUUGUUUUAAUGGCUCGGUCUUAGUCAUUCCUUAUAAUAAUACGACGACGAUGCUUAUUUCGUCUUCAUUAACGUCACUUCCAAGCUGAAAGCUGGACAAUAAAAGUGUUAUAAAAUAAAUAUCGCGGAUUCCGAUGCGAUCUGCAGAGGGUUUCUCAUGCCGCCGCGUCGAGAUCAAGCAGCCGCUGACUUAAUCCAGCCGUCAACGCGCGGUUCCCGCUCGUAAAAAUCGGCCUGCAUUCGUAAAAAUAAUAAAUAACCUCGUUAAAUCCUUAUUAAAUAUCCAUCAGGGCUUAAAUUCGACAAGGCCGAAAAAAUAUCGACCAUCAGAAGCUACUGCUGCUGCUGCGGGAUAAAUAAGAAAAAAAGGAAGAAGACCGACUCGUGACGUGUACACAAUAUCCCGAGAGAGAGAGAGAGAGAGAGAGAGAGAGAGAGAGAGAGAGAGAGAGAGCGAACUCGCCGGGUAUAUAAGACACUUAAAGUAACAUUUAGCGCUCGCGGCAGCGCGCGCGAGAGAGAGAGAGACUCGCGCUCGUUGGUCGACGCUGGGCCCGUGGGCCCCUCGUCACCCCCCACCCGCGGGCUGGCCUCCCUCUCCACCCAUUCGCGCUUUCUGUCUCGUUUCUUCGACGCCGACUCGCGGUGUGUGUAGCUCCCGCCUUCAGUACCGACUUUGGUUAGCCUCCGAUCAGAGCCUCACGAUUUGUCGCGGCUGAAGGGAUCGCGCAUUUUUUCCUCUCCUCGCGUGUGUUAUUACAGUGCAGUGCUUUUGUUCCCUUCCGGUGUUUCUUUUUUGUUCUGUGAUGGUGAGUGCCAGCCGCCGCUGCUGACGAUGCUCGAGGCUUCCUUUGAUUAUCGCUCAGAGUGCCGAAUACGAUGACGCGGACGUUGUUAUACGAAAAAGAAUUAAUCUCGUCUUUCUAAUUAUACCUGUGCGGUGUGUUUGCACGGGACGCUUUGAUGUCUCCAUGUGUGUAUAGCGGACACACUCAGCGCGCGUCGAUCUCAACGAGCGUGUGAAACGAAAAUUUAAUAUGUUAACGGCGAUAAAUUGCGAGGAGCCGCACGUGCAUUCGACGAAAGGCCGGUUGAAAUCGUUUAAAUGAAUUCGCGAUGUGUAUAUACGUAUGGGUGUUCAGCCGACUGCGCAUUUGAAUCGCAAAUCGCGAUAUGGUGCGCAAGAAUAUACGAGCGGAAUAAUUUCGCUAAUUCGAGCGGGAAAAAUCGACGAAAUAAUCUCUCGUCCGACUAUUCCGCGCGCGGCAAAGAGCUUUCGUUUACUUUCGAUGCACACGAGUUAUCGUCAACGGGUAUUAAAGCUUCUAUUGCGCACCGUAUUAUAUACUCUCUUUUUACUCCGAAAGCAAUAAUAUACCGUGUAUUUGUCAAACACAAUAUCGGCCCCUUUGAAUUCCCGCGAAUAACCCGCGGUAUUGAGAGGAUCAAAGCAGUUAUCAGUUUCCAGCUAUCGGCUCUGUGCUGCUGCUGCGAAGAAAAUCCGAAAAAUCGUCGCGCCGUGAAAACGAAAAACUGGAGGCUUAUCCGAAAAUCGCGUUGACGACUACAUAUAAUACGACUGCAGCGAGUAUUAUAAUAUAGACAGUGCAGAGCGAGCGAGUCGACUCGCGUCGUCGGGCGAGUUUUUCGCGCCAUAUCGCGUCCCACGUACGCGCAUACCUAUGUCUGGUCGACCUACACACUAUACGUUAUAUUGGCUGCCGCAGUGCCAUAGGAUCUAAUGAAUCACUGCAGGGCGUACUGGUUCGCUCUCUCUCUCUCUCUCUCUCUCUCUCUCUCUCUCUCUCUCUCUCUCUCUCUCUCUCUCUCUCUCUCGUUCUCUGUUCGGCGAGAAAAAUACAAACGAGUCGCGGGCGAUAGUGGGUCCGUUUACACGCGGACGACACGCUCGAUAUGAUCGCCGCGGCAGUCGAACGAAUCAAUCGAUCGGCUGAUUUAUCGCGGCCCAUUACGCCCGAGCUUAAUGGAAUUACCUGCAGCUCGACGCUAGGCUAGACUAGUCGUUCGCGUGGUUUUUUUCUGAAUUUUUCGCAGCCGAUCUGGAAACUGUUCCACUUUACGGCAGCGAAAUAAAUAGCAUAUGGCUCUCUUUCUCUCUAUAAAGGAGACCUGGAUUUAACGGAGUGGUCGCGCGCGUAUACACUCGUAGCGGUGCUUAUCUAUCGCAGAUUUGCGUUAUAUGGAGGAAACGCAGACUUCCAUCCAUUCGACGUAAUAGUAACGCGCGCUCGCGGCUCAUGAGGAAGCUUAUUCUCGGUCGGCGGUGGCGGCGGCAAAUUUAAAAUUCUCAUAUUCCUACCUGCAGUGCGCGUAGAGAGCCCUUCGAAAACGGCGCAGGAAAGUGCAGCGCUUCACGGACGGACGAGCGGCGUGUGAAGUCUAGUGCCUGCCUACCUUAUACCACAAGAAGAAGAAGAAGAAGAAGAAGAAGAAGAAGAAGAAGAAGAGGCAGUUGUGAAGAGGAGAGAGAGUUCGCGAGAAGUGCGAGAACGGAAAUAUAUCGCGUGUGUGCGUAAACGUGCGUCUUACAUACUUUGUGAGAUUCCCCCGGCUGCUUCCUCUUUUUCGUGUACAUAUAUACAUAGAGAUAUACACGCAUCGCAAGCGGUCGCUCGCGAGGGAAAAAGCACGUCGCCGUUUACGCAACGCGCGGAUCCGCAGGAGGAGGAAAGUGGUGUGUGUACAGUCGCACAGCGCAUCAGCAACGCGGGAUGUAUAUGAGUGAGCCGAAUGAAAAAGUUCUUACGAAACACCGCUCGGUGCAGGAACCAUGUGAAACAGUGACAGUGUAAAAAGUGAACGAAAUCGAACAAAAAAAAAAAAAAAAACGAGGGACAAUGACGGUCGAGGGUCUCAACGCAGCCGUUCCCGGUAAGCAGGACGAGCACCAUCAGAACUCGAAGAAGAGCAACACCAAAGCCAUGGACACCAUCAUGUCCAGUCUGGCCCUGAAGCGCCGCACCUCCGGCGUCUUCGGCUCGAAGCGCUGGUGGACCCCCAGUUGCUGGGCCUCCCGCAGCCACCAGGAGGCCUACCUGCGCAAGCUCUACUCGAAGAAGUACAGCAACGGCAUCGUCAACCCCGCGGGCGUCUCCAUCGCCGACGAACAACCCGCCAGUAGCGCCUCGGACAACAGUCCUUGGAAACCGGCCGUCUACGAACUGCCCACGAGCGACGAGCACUACCUCGACGCUUUCCUGAGGACUAGGACCGAGAGCGAGUGUCCGGCUCUCUCGACCCCCAGGGCAAGUCCCACCGAGAAGUGCGUCGAGUUCCUCACGAGAAACGAGGCUCGCUCUCGGGAGUGUAUCGUUGAUAUCCAUCGGGACGAGCAGCCGCCGCAGCACGUCCCGGAAAAGGGCACGCUCAGGGUGACCGAGCGGAAUUUCGACGAGAUCCUCAGGAAUGCGUCUGGCAAUCCUGCCGCCGAGAAGGUGUGCAAGAGCUGCAGGUGCCCGCGGGAGGAGCACCAGCGGAGCCCCUCGGAGCCGGGAGUCGUGGGCAGUCCCGCGGCGCUGGUCCCGGGCACGCGGAUGCCCAUGGCCAUGGGUUUCCCGAGCAGUCCUUCGGGCGGCUCGCCGGCGGGUCAUCAACCUCAGCCGCCGCCGGCGUUGAGGGCCGACAGCUUCGAGAGCCCGGUACACCCGAUGCCCGGAGGCGGCGGCAUACCGCCGGUGGUUCAAGACGCCCUCGUGCAGCAGCAUCACCAUCAGAGACACUCGCAGAGCGACGACGACAGCGGAUGCGCCCUCGAGGAGUACACUUGGGUGCCGCCCGGACUCAGGCCUGAUCAGGUCCACCUGUACUUUAGCGGCCUGCCAGAGGACAAGAUCCCGUACGUGGGCAGCGCGGGCGAGCGCGAGCGUGUUCGCCAGCUGCUCCAGCAACUACCGCCCCACGACAACGAGGCUCGCUACUGCAGCGGCCUGAGCGAGGAGGAGAAGCGCGAGCUUCGCGUCUUCGCCGGACAGCGGAAGCGAGAGGCUCUGGGCCGGGGUCAGGCCAGUCAGGUGGAGCGAGCUCACGGCAGCGGUUGCCGGGAGUGCGGCCGAACGAUCGGCCAGGGUGAAAUCGCAGUGGGCGCGAGUCGAGCGGGUCCAGCGGCCCUCUGGCAUCCGGCCUGUUUCGUCUGCUGCAUCUGCCACCAGCUGCUGGUCGACCUCAUCUACUUCUGGAGGGACGGCCGGCUCUACUGCGGCAGACACCACGCCGAGACUCUGAAGCCGAGAUGCUGCGCCUGCGACGAGAUCAUACUCGCCGACGAGUGCACCGAGGCCGAGGGCAGGGCCUGGCACAUGAGGCAUUUCGCCUGCCUCGAGUGCGACAGACAGCUGGGCGGCCAGAGGUACGUGAUGCGGGACGGCCGUCCCUACUGCCUGCACUGCUUCGACGCGUCGUUCGCCGAGUACUGCGACAGCUGCAGCGAGCCCAUCGGCGUGGACCAGGGCCAGAUGUCGCACGAGGGCCAGCACUGGCACGCGAACGAGUGCUGUUUCUGCUGCGCUACCUGCAGGACCUCCCUGCUGGGUCGUCCCUUUCUUCCCAGGAGAGGAGCCAUCUACUGCAGCAUCGCCUGCAGCAAGGGGGAGCCGCCGACGACUCCCAGCGACUCAUCUGCCGGAGCUGCUCCCGCGCCGCCGUCCUUCAGGAUGUCGAAGAGGCACGGGACGUCGCGGACGGCGAGCGACGGCUCGGGUUCGCCUCGGCACGGACUCGGCUCGCCCAGGAACUCGCCGAGGAUGUCCAGGAAGCAACAGCAGCACUCGCCCUACAGACAGCAGCAGCAGCAGAACCACUUGCAGCAACAGCAGACGUCGGUCUCGUUGACGGGGACACCGACUCACGUGCCCUCGCCUCCGGCCUCGACGACCGGAGAUCCCGCAGGGGAGAACGGCUCGAGGUCCGGCGGGCUGGACCGCGUGCUGCUCGAGAGGAAUCUCGAGAGGCUGCUGCAGGAGAGAGGAGGCCAGUCCGAGGAGUCCGCCUCGGAGCUCGGAAGGCUAAUGCAAGCGAGGGACAGGGAACCCUUGCGCUGCAUCCCGGGCUCGGCGAGUCCCUCCCACGCCUCGAGCAUGCCGGAGCUUCCGAACAUUCUUCCGGGACCACUGCCCUGCGGCAGCAUCGUCACGACGGCCGCGACCUCGCCGUCGACCUGCGUUCCCGAGUCGCCCAUUACGGAGGACGGCGGAGCCACGGCCUUGCCCGCGACCUCGUCGAGCUCGGUCUCGCCGUCGACGCCUCCCGAGGAGAAGCCGUCUCCACCGCCCCCGGCGCCCGGACCCUCGCAUCACGAACCCGUCACACCCAGCUCCAGACGAGUGCGCUUCCAGGGCGACGACCUGGUCGACGAACCCUCCACGUCGGCCGGGCACUCGAGGAUGAGGGGCAGGAGGUCCCCGCCGUCGCCGUGUAACUCCGGCAGGAGGCACCACAACGUGCCCAGGUCCAGGAGCUUGCAGUCCGACGACAUGCCCGGCUGCUCUUCUUGGGGCACGAUGGGUCCGAGGUCUCGAGCCGACGACGAGGAGAGCUGCUGCUCGACCUGCAGCUCCUCGAGCAGUUCCGACGACGCCGAGGCUUACGCGCUUCCACCGAGACGCGCCUACGGCGGCGUGAGGGCGGCUUACGUGCCGAACGACGCGGUGGCGUGCGCGCGACGACGGACCUCCGGAGGUGGACCUGGAUCGCCGUCGGCGGGAGCAAAGGACGACAAGUGCGUCGUGUCCUGAUCGCAAGCCACCUCGCGGCCGGUCAUCAUUCGCUGUCUUCCGUCCCGGGCGAUGGGAUCGUUCUGAGCUGUCGAUGCUGCUUCUAUAUAUUGCUUUGUAACGGCUUUCAGUGCGCGUUUAGUGUGUACGUAAAAUUGAUAUAGUUUUAAAUUUCGACAAACGAAAACUGUCGGCGUGAGGGGCGUGUUUUAAUACUGGUAAAGCGUACCGUGUCUACCUCUCUCUCCCUCUCUCUCUCCCUCUCUCUCUCUCUCUCUCUCUCUCUCUCUCUCUCUCUUAUCUAGACGGUCUUAUACGCAUAUAGCGGCAACGUUUAAUUUUAUAUACAGUUUACGAGUGCUGAGACACACUUUCACUGUACCUCUGCGACAGCAUAAGCUUUACACAUUGAGUAUAUUAUGCAAUGUAACAUAUCGAGCCAUAACCUUUGCGUUUGUAUAAGAAACGAUCGAUCCAGAAACAUGCAUUCAAAGCAUGAAAUUUCAUUUUUUUUUUUUUUUUUUUUUUUUUGACACUGUCGUCGAUCGUAUUUUUACGUGGAGAAACAGCGGUAGGAUAAAGUCAAUACGUUUGGAGUAAGCAUCAUUCACUCUCUGUUGGUGGCAUGUAAUUUCGAGCUGCUUCGACAGAGACAUCAAAAGUAGACAUAUCAAAUAUUCAAACACAUUUUUCCGCUUGAACCUAGCUUGAAAACUCGUUGGACGAUUAAAUAUUGUUAAAUGACGUUACUGCUAUACUUCGAAAAAUGGAAAUACAACGAACGAUCCUGUUGCUGAGCGAGGUUUUUAAUGAAUGAAUUAAUGAAUGAUGGUAACACAUAGCCCGGUGAGAUUUUGUUCGUAGUGCAUUGACUACUACUUGAUAAUUUUAGUGGUAAUUCAGCUGAAGCGAAGAUGUUAUUUAACAGUGAAGACAUUCGUGAGUGAUCGCAAUUCACUAGAGCCAUACAAUUGCAUAGUUGAAUGAAUCUUGUAUCUCAAUAAACUCAACGUCUUGUACUAUUAAGUGUAAGAUAGAUGUAUAAUUUAUAUAGAAGAAAUUACGGACAGUUAACUGAACACAAGCAUGCCACAUGAAACUGUCGAUAUCAAAGUUAUUUAUUAUUUUAUUUAUGCCUGGUUAAUUUCGAUGUUUAAUUUAUUUCUUGUUACGAUCGGAUAAUUUCUACUUCAAAAAUGAAUCUUUACUUGUAGUUCUAAACUUUGCGUAAAGGUAUGCGUGAGCGAAUAAAUUUUUCCGAAAAUAAAGUUAUACUCGAGGAGAAAAAAGUAUUAUUAAAUAACUUUUAGUAUAAUAUAAAACGAGUAACGUAAUAAGAUUGGCUUGAAUUAUUUAAUGGCAUGUAUUUAAGAAAACGAUAUAUUGAAAUCUUUAUUCAAUUUAUUGUAUAGGAUCAAGACUGUCGUACAUGUAAUUUGUUAUACUCCAAUGUACAAACUCUUACCGAAUAGGAAGUCACCGAGCAUCAAAAUCGAAAUCGGUGACAUUUUUUAUCUACAAAUUAAAAUAAUUGUACAUACUUUUAAUACUUUGCGUAAUAAUUAAUAUAACACAAAAUUUAUAUGUACAUAUCAGAAUUGAAAUGGAGAAUUUGUAAGAGACUAAAUGACUCAUUAAUAAUUAAAGUAUAAUAUUUUAAAAA